CACCGGCCUCUGCGAGAGGAGAAUACGGUGUAUGUGCGGAAACAACAUGUCCGCUCCGCUCCCUGCUAUCGUCCCGGCCGCUAGGAAGGCCACCGCCGCGGUCAUAUUCCUGCAUGGAUUAGGAGAUACUGGGCAUGGCUGGGCAGAAGCAUUUGCUGGUAUCAGAAGCCCACAUAUAAAGUACAUUUGUCCACAUGCGCCGGUUAUGCCAGUUUCUCUAAAUAUGAACAUGACUAUGCCUUCUUGGUUUGAUAUUAUUGGACUUGCUCCAGAUUCACAAGAAGAUGAAACUGGGAUCAAGCAAGCCUCAGAGACUGUGAAAUCACUUAUAGAGCAAGAAGUAAGAAAUGGAAUACCCUCAAACAGGAUAAUUUUGGGAGGAUUUUCUCAGGGGGGAGCAUUAUCACUGUAUUCAGCUCUCACAACACAGCAGAAGUUAGGCGGUGUUGUAGCACUUAGCUGUUGGCUUCCACUGCGGACCUCAUUUCCACAGGGUGCCAUCAACUGUGUCAACAAAGAUAUUUCCAUUCUCCAGUGCCACGGUGACUGUGAUCCUUUAGUCCCGCUAAUGUUUGGUUCUGUAACUUCUGAGACACUAAAGACUAUGCUAAAUCCUGGCAACAUAACAUUCAAAACUUAUUCAGGCAUGAUGCACAGCUCGUGUAUUGAGGAAAUGAUGGAUGUGAAGCAAUUUAUUGACAAGCAUCUACCUCCAGUUGACGGAGAAACUGUGUGACAAGCCUUCUGUUAAAUGUACCAGCAUCAUCUGUAUUAGAUUGCUUCUUUUCAUGCAGCUGUUUUAAAGCAUCUUUGUGCCUACAGUGUUACCUGUAUUGCAAAGAGUUGAUAACUUCAUUGGGAAAUGAUGCUCUUUUCAGACUUCAUUGGCCAUGGUGUAGAUAAAAGGCAGAGGAAAGGCAUGUUGAAAUAUAAUUAGGCAUACUCUUAUUGCUCCAAAUUAAAAUUCCAUUGAUAACUGAAUACCUCUUAUUAUAAACAAUAGUUUAAACAGAAAUAUUUAUGUCCAAGAUUUGUUUUAUUACUGCUUGCUAAAGUGACACUCAUGUAUUGUACAUACAGUAUGUAGUAUGUAAAAAUAAGCAUGCAGUGGUAGAAUAUGUAUUCUUAAGGUUUAAAUUUAAUAUUAUUGCAUGUGCAAGAAAAGACUUCCAGUAUUCAGAUUAUCUCUACAUUUGAAAUACUAUUUCCUCUCUUAAGUGUGUCCUAGGCUACUUAGAAAUCUUGUAAGAAGUACUUGAUCUCUAGACAGUUUCCUACUGAACUGCCCGUAAUAAAAAGAAAUGUAGUAGAUAUCAUUAACUAAAGAAUUUUUAUAUAAGAUUUUUAAUAAAUUGGAAUUGCACAUUACUAGAACUUCCAGUGUGCUGUAAAAUGUGAGCCCUUACAGAUUCUUUUAAAUAGCCUGGUAAAUUUUGUAAUUGAGAAAUCAACAUGAGAAAAUAUAUUUGUGAACAAUUUCCUUUAAAUUGUUUGCUUAGAAAUUAGGCAAGAUGCUCUAAUUGUACAUUCACUGAUAUAAUGGAGCACUCUUGACAUGACAGAGUGGCUUUUCCUUUUGAUUUUUUUAAAAUAAAGCUUGAAGUUCUUGUCAAAACAAAAAUGUAUUGAUACCUAACAACAAGCUGUGGCUAAUGUCUGAUAAAAGGAAAAUAUCCUGUUUUACAGCUUGUAGUGUAAACACACAAACACCCCCCCCCCCAAAAAAAAAGCUUGCUUAGGACACAAUUCUACACCUGGUUUAGACAGAAAAAAGUCCUCCAGUUCCCAGCAUGCCCCAAGUGGAGCAUGCUGGGAGUUGUAAGACUUUUUCCUAUCCAAACUUGCAUAGGAUUGGCCUUUAGUAACUUGCAUAGCAUUAGCUUCAGAAUUGUUCUACAAAUAAUAUUACAGAUUUGAGAGAUGGAGGUAGGAUUGUAACUAUGGGAGAAAGUGGAAAUGUGCUCUUUUAGACCCCACUAUUUUGUGUAUUGCCUUAGUUUUACACAGUUCCUCCACUGUGCUGAUUUGCAUUAAGAUCACAUUGCUAGUACAUACCAUGCUUACUGAUGCUGAAAUUACUAUUGCUAGGGUUUCUUGUUCUGUUUUGCUUCAUAGAUAUGAUUUCAUUUUUCAAAGCAUAGACAUGCAUCUAACCUCAGUCACUUUAUUAUGACUAUUUAAGACAAGCAUUUAAUUAGUAAGAACUGCAGCUGAGAUUACAGUAUUCCAAGUAUGUUUGAUCUUUUCUUGUCUAUCUUGUGGUUUUGCCCUGCUUUGUACCUCACAUUCCUUGACCUUUGCUGGGGCUUCUGUAGCCUGUCGGACUAAAGAUCAUCUGUAUACCAGCAUAAGUGAGCAGGAGAGCUGUUCUUGGACAUUGCCAUUUCAGGUUGCAAGAAAGAACCAUAUUCCAGUGUUUCUCCUUAAGGAGAACUUCCUUGCAUGCAUAUGGUAGGGAGAUUUUAACCAGACCAUUUCCCUAAAAUCCUAAUUUCUCAAAGGAGGAUGUUUAAUGGAGCAUUAAAAGAUGCACCCUCUGUAUUUGUAUAUUGAAGCAAUACAGUUCAGGAAAAGCUACAUCAUUUGAAUGCUGAAUAGAACUUGGUCCGUUGAAACAGUACAGUCAAAGCAUUUAUAGUUAAAAGUUUCCCUGCUGAGAUAUUUUAGUAGUGGGGACCUCUGCUAGAACUCUGCACAAGUUGGUGAAUGUGGAUUCUGAAUAUGUAACCAGUAUGCAGAAUCUAGCAGAGCACUUAUGCCAAUGCCAUUCUUUUUUGUGCUACUGAUCCUCUUCAGGGGAUGAGUCCUGCUAAUUGCAUUGCACAAAUGGGACCCACCCACACAAGGGAGACUUAGCACUUAACAAAAGUCCUGAAAUAAGCAGGAAUGCUCCUUUCUGGAAAAAGGAGGUCCAGCAGCACUCCUUUAUGCAAGCUCCAUUCACUUGCCUCAUUCUAGAAACAAAAUGAUUCUGCUUGUUUUGGGUUGCCUUGUAAGCAUUAAAUUACCGUUACACAAGUGGUGUAGACCUGCUGUGCAAUAUGGGGGUAUAAGUGCCCUGUAAGAUUCUACUGUUUCUCAAUGUAUGUCCUGUUUUUACUGGAGAAUACUCUUCUGUAUAAAUAUUUGCUCCAAGAAGAAAAUACUCUGACAUUGUUCAAUCACUUUCUAAUAACGUGUGCAAGUUUUCAGAACUGUGUUUUCUUAACAGGAGGUAAUCUACUCAACUGUGUUUCUUAUAGAAUAGUCACUGCAUAGAUAUAUGGUAUUUCUCAAAAAUAAAAGUACAAAUAGAAGUUUUGAUUUACUAUAUCAGUUUAAAGAAUUUGUGAAACUACCGAAAUCAAAAUGGUAAUUCUGGUAAAAUAAGGAUGUUUAGUUCACUAUGGAAUUUGACAUCUAACAUUUGCCAAAAAUCAAAUUUUGAUAUCUAAUAUAGAUCACUUUUAAUUAAAAUAUUUGUGUGAAAUACUUAAUUGCCAAAUUAUUAAUUGUAUAUCACAACCCAACUGCUGUGACAAUAAAGGUAAAACUGAUGGCUUCAUUGGAAAUUUUGCCCUGAUAAGAGUGUAGCUUUUGGGUUUUCCUGAAGUAUUGUAUAAUGUCCAAUGCAGUGAUUUGUUGAAGGAAUACUGUAUUCUGUGACUUGUAUUUUAUAGGUUAAUUGUUUGCCUUAAUGAAGUGUAUUGAACUUCAUUAAACAGCAAAACGCAUCUUUUUAUAAAUAGGUGCUAUUGAUCCUCAAAUAUAGUUACAUAUAAGAAUGUAUGUAUAGGAUGUUAAUGAAGCCAUAUGUUUAGGUCAAGAUAUUUUAUAAAGUACUACUUUAAUUUGGCUUUCCUUUAUCCUCAGUUGUAGAAAUCCAUGGUUAAAUCUUGAUUUUGUAUUACCUGUUUACAGUAAGAAAUCUGUUGUUGAACUGGCCUUCUUGUAGUUGAUCAUUGUAAUCUUUCUGUUACUGUGGAAUAAAUUCUGAACAAUCAA